UUUCUCUCCAUCCGAGCGAAGAAGAGCAGAAGAGUCUCUGUCGCCGGCGAAGUCCGUUGAUUGCCGGCAUCAUUGUGAGGAGGCAAUUUCGAGCUAAAACGUCGAUUGCUCUUGCGCUUCAAGGUUCCACCUUAGUCAGCUUACUGGAAUAUAUAGGAAUCAGAAGAUAUGGCUGUUGGACACGGUGACUCGAGUUCGUCGGACAAGAAAUCGACUGAUGCUUUGAGUGACUUGCAAACUUUCAAUGCCGAGAACUUGCAAAGUAACAUGAAAGUUAUUUAUUACAGUCGGACAUUUCUGUCAAUCAUUGGUGGUGUAAUUGCUGGAAUUCUUGGAUUCAAGGGAUUGAUAGGAUUUGUUUUCUACUUCCUUGUCAUGGCUGUAACUUCUGCUGCACUCACAGCCAAGGCAAAGUUCUCCAUUCACUCCUACUUUGAUACUUGGAACCGAGUCCUGCUUGAUGGCUUCUUUGGUGGGCUUAUGUCUUUCGUGCUCUUCUGGACAUUUGCAUACGACAUUGUGCACAUAUUCUGAUUGAAGGAGCAUAUGGAUGGACGAAUGUUCGGUUGCAGGCGGAGUUCUCUGAUGGUUACAAGGCCCUGGACCAGGGUGCAAAACUUAAUUGUGGGAAUCAGUUGGUUUUCCUUGUAUUACUCCGGUGGCUUUUAUUUGAUAAAAUUGUGUGUUUAAGUUCCUGUCAUAGGCAUUGCAUUUUGGCUGAUGAAAUUUUUUGCAUGAUUCAUCCUCAUUUAUGCUGGGGAGAUCCAAUCUUAAGCGGGUAUCGAGCAACAGCCAUGAUUCAUUAGGAUUCCAUUUCGUGCUCUUUUUUCUGUAGUAUCUGGUUUCGUAAUACUAGGGGCAGAAUUGGUGUUGGAGAUGGACUUUCAAGAACGAAUGAAGUAUAGGUUAUGUUACUUUCUUUCUUUCUCUGUAUGCCGUAAGACCUGAGCAUGAGAUAUGGAUGGAUUUCAUGUCUGUCAUAUUUCUAAACUGAAUAGUUGUCCAUCUGAUGCCUGAAAUUUAACCUAGAGAAAAGCCAACUAUUUUGUGUUGGGAUAAUAGAAGAGGAGCAUGAUAAUCUAGUAGGUCUGGUUGUAUUCACAAAAGCCAAACUCCCUGCUAAAUAUCUUGGAGUCCCUUUACCAUCUGGGAAGCUCAUUGUUCAUGAUUGCAAAAUGAUUGUAAACUGUUGAUUGGUAAAUUUACAAGGAGAAUAGAUGGCUGGAAGGA